AAGUUUGUCUGCUAUUGGAAAAAAUCACUUUGAUCGAAGUUUGCGAUUUGCAAUUUUGCAUGUCCUGACUCCUGAAAGGGUUAUUUUUUACGAAUUUUUUAAUCACGUUUUCAACAAUAGAGACUUGAGAUUUGCAGCAUUGAUGUGUGAGUAAAUUCUUGACCAUCUGCACAGUUGAUUGGCGGCGUGGUGUAGUUUGGGCUUCGCCAACAACGAGGCCUCACCUUGAUGACAACAAGUACUGCCACGUGGAUAUUCUUCAGCACUAGAUCGCCUACUGAGCUUAUCGACUGAUUAUCGCCAGCCAGCAUUAGCCAAUUAUUAAGCGAAAAUGCUGAAAUUGGAAAUGAAUUCUUCAAAUGAGGCGGUUCGAGAAUUGUUCGCCUAUAUGCUAGAUCCAAACAGGGGAUGGUUUGAAGGAAUUUGUCAAACCUUACCACACGCUCUUGAUCGUCAAUUGGAUCGAUACUUGCUCAACAACGGACUAGACAGCGAUUCCACAGGUGUUGUGUGUGUCGCAAUUGCUCUCCAGCUAAUAGAAAAUAUCGACAAAUUCAAUUCAUGUGUUUGGAUCCGGUCUGACUCACCUGCUCAGCUACAAUUUAACCUCCCAGCUAGAGCCGGAACUCUCGCGACUGACACUACUGUUGAAUUUAACGCUGAAGCCAUCGAAGCUAUUCCGGAAGAUUGCGCAGAGCAGAAACACUUCUAUUCCAUGGUGCUGCAAGCUUACCCUCAUGCCUGGAAGUGGAUUGUGCAGUUGUCGGCUUGUUAUCAAGUCAACUACAACCGUUUGGAUAUUAGUGCUGUGAUAAAUUACUUCAAACAGCUUCCGGAAAUCCAGCCGAUUGUUUCUUCGUAUGACGACACAGCAGUCAGUGGUGGAUCUGUUCAUCCUUACAUCAAAUGUUCUGCCACUUGCAUGAAAUUGCUGCACAAGCUCGUGGAUGACGAACAAAUUCGCACUGAAUUUCUGAGUGACUCUCUCUUUGUGAAGCGUUAUGCGACAUUCUCGGCCACCGCCGGAAUCUGCCGCCAAAUGAUCGAUGGGCUCGGACCUGAGGCUAGUUUGAAAAUGAUCGGCGCGGAAAUGAUCAAAGUUGUUGAUGACUCUUUGACGAAUUAUUGGGAUCCAAAGUUAAAUGAAAAAAUUCCAGACAAACUCAGAGCCAUGGCGGCUGUUUAUGCUCAAGUUCAUGAAAUCAACUAUGGAAAUUGGAUACAAGGGAAGAAAGCGUUGGCAAAAUUUCCAUAUAGUUUUUUGGUUAAUUCAUGGAGAGCUGAUUUCCAGAGGUUGAAGCAACUCAAUCAACAGAAAAUAUCUAUGGUUUGAAGAUUAAACUCCUCCUGUUCUCUUUAUCGUCAUAUCAAUCAAGAUUAUGUGUUACAAUUACGUGUUUUUUUCAAUGUCACACAAGACAUUUCCUUCUCAAAAUAAUAAACAAGGUCUUAUUUGCACUUUGUCUGUGAAUAAUAUUUUAAAUUCUGUAGUCGAAGGGGUGUGUCGUAUAUUUGUAUUUAUCUCUUAAAUUUUUGUUCUUUAAAAAAUGUCUAGUUUUCUCAACCGUUCAAGCUUCUAGUGACAUAUGUUGUGGGACCUUUGUUAGACCGAAGAGGCAUGCAAUAAAAUACCCCAGAGCCAGCAUAGUAACUUGAUUGAUGUCAGGAGAAACGCGGGAUCGAGCUUUUCCAGUUGGCGGGAGCGCGUCGUAAUUUG